UUCAGAUUCCAAUUGUAUUUAAACAGGUCCUGUUUCAAAUACUUCCUACACAAUCAUUCAUGUGAAAAUCCAAAAUGGUAUUUGAUGGAUUACGAAGAACCUUACGAACAACAUUUCGAAGGAAAACCAAAUCUCACACACCACAACCUGUAGAUGUAAAGAAUAAAUUACCAUGCAAGGUGAUGUUGCUCGAUGGUACAGAUAUAUCAGUUAAUUUAAAGAAAGGUGCCUUAGGAAGUGAGCUUCUUCGAAGAGUUCUGAUGCAUUUGGAUUUGGUGGAGAAAGAUUACUUUGCGUUACAGUUCAUGGAUACUAAACAAGUUCCACAUUGGCUUGAUCCAAUGAAAAAGAUAAAACGACAAGUUGUCAUUGGACCCCCAUACACACUACAUUUUCGAGUGAAAUUUUAUGCACCAAAUCCUCAAACACUACACGAAGAACUUACUAGGUACCAAUUUUUUCUACAAAUAAAGCAAGAUAUAUUGCGGGGAAGAUUUCGUCCAACUUCAAAACAAUCCAUUGAAUUAGGUGGUCUGGCCAUUCAAUCGGAACUGGGAGAUUACGAUAACACCUUGCAUAUCGGAAAUUAUGUGUCAGAGUUUAAACUAUUCCCAGAUCAGAAUGAAGACUUAGAUCGUAGUAUUGAAAGAAAACAUCGUACUUUAUGUGGAAAAAAUCCUGCAGAAUGCGAGAAGGAAUAUCUCGCGAUCGCUUGCAGACUCAGGUAUUAUGGAAUGGACAGGCAUGCUGUUAAAGGUUCAGAUAAUAGAGACUACAAGAUAUGUUUAACUCCACAAGCUAUCGUGAUCAUGGAAGGUGAUAUGGAGAAAGGAUCCUAUUUUUGGAAAAGCAUUGCAGAUAUAAAAUUUCAACAAUCCGAAUUUUUGUUAGAUAUCAUUGCCAAUGAAAUUAAUCAUGAAAAACAUGAACUGCGUUAUGUGUUACCAACUCCUCGAGCAAGUAAACAUCUGUGGAAAUGUGCAAUCGAGUACCACACGUUCUUCAGAUUACUUGCUACUUCAGAAGCACCAAAAAAGAAAACAUUUGCACCACUAAGACGCAGUUCAACAUUCACAUACAGAGGGCGAACGUUAUCGCAAGUCAAAAAAGAAGAUGCUGUUAAUACGAGACGAACAUUGCUUUUCAAAAGAACAAGAAGUGAAAGAAUAACUCAGAGGUCAACUAUUGGUUACAUUCGAUAUGGUGCGAUUGUUUGGGCACGAGCGAUUAACGGCGAUUAUUACAAAGGAGAGGUUACAGCACUGAAAGAUAAAGUUCAUAUCAAAUUUGAAAAUGGCGAUACUAUAAUUCACGAUCGGACUGAUGAAACAGCCUUAGUGUAUGAUAUGGAUCCAAAACUGGAAGAACUCGACGUAGGAACGCGUGUCAUUGCUCAUUGGUCCGGAUUAUCUGCUCUCCUCCCUGGCCGCAUAACAAAAAUUGAUGGAAAAAAAUAUUACGUGCAUUAUGACGAUGGAGAUCAGGGAACCAAUCGAAUUGAACAAAUGCGAGUAUUAAAGCCGCAGUUGUUCUACGGUGCAAACGUGUGGAGAUCAAAAUCUAAUCGCUAUUCCAUGACAACGACUGCGUUAAUUGGGUCCACAACCACCGCCAGUGUCACGUCUGACGAUCUGCGUAAAACCUCCACCUGUAUAGACGUUAACCGCGCAAACAGAACAGAAUCUAAUGUAUCUGUUGACGAUGUCUUUUCAAAACGAAAUUCGCCUGCUUCUUCUCCUCAUAAUAAGAAGUCAAGAAAACCUCUUGCUUCAAACUCUCCGCUUGUACAUCAGUCAAGUGUUGAACAAAUGAAUCUACCAAGAACACAAAGCGUUCCUGUGAAAGCUGGGACCAAUAAAAGACCUUCGACAACUUCUGUGCAAACCAAACCGUCACCGAAGCUGCUCACUCGAAAUGAAAAAAGUAAAACUGGAAGUGUACAAAUAACAGAACUAUGAAAUUUGGAUAUUCAGUUGGGAAAUAUUUUUCAAAAUUUAUUUAAAGUUCGACUGCUGCUGCAAGCGUGUUUACUUUCGUACAUCUUUGAUUUCAAGUAAAAUAUCAUUUUGCGGUACUAAUUUUUAGUAACGACAAGCUUAGGAGAACGUGACAUUUGUAGACCAUUUUUGUUAUUUUGUCAUGCAUAAUGCUAGCCUAGUAAACUAAGCAUUUUUCGAGAAUAUCAAAAUUCAGUUUCUUUCGUACGAAAGCUUAGACGCAAACAAUGCCUCAUUGCAAAUCUCCCAACCAAAUUCAUCAAUUGACACAAAAUCUCUCUGAGAAAACCUCGACUUAGAAUCAACCAAUAAGAAUAUGGUCAGCCUGGUCACAUUUUACCCUCUUAAAUAGUAGUUUUCCAGAAAUUUCUUCUUUUCAGAAUAUAUUUUGUUUGUUGUCUGUUUAGUUUCGUGAAAAAAUAAAAUAAAAUGUGACCUGUCUUGCGCAUCUUAAACUUUUUGCGUGUAAACAUAUCCUAAGCAUCUCUGAGGAGUAUUGUCCUGUUAAAAUUUAUCUUGCGCCUGAACUAACAACAAGUUUGACCAUUUAGUCAAUAUUUUUAACAAAGAAAUUUGACCUCAAACCCUUUUUAUGUACGUGAAGUGAAAUCCUUAUGACUGUAAAUUUAGAAUUUAUUACUUUUUAAUGAGUAAAUAUGACUUAUUUAAAAUUAA